AAAAGCAGCAUUUAUUUGACGUAUAAAUGCAGACUGGUUGAAGCUAGUUUGAACCAAAAAAGUCAAGCUUCGGAGAAGUCGCCAUGUACCUGGGGAUCAGAAAGGGGAAAUUAAAGACGGUAAGCCCCGCUCCCUCAGAUUCACUUGGAAUAUGAGAACCACCAGCUCCAUGGAGCCCUGCGACAUCAUGAGGGAGAUCCGCAAGGUGCUCGACGCCAACAACUGCGACUACGAACAGCAAGAGAGUUUCCUGCUCCUCUGCGUCCAUGGCGACGGGCGGGCCGAGAACCUGGUCCAGUGGGAGAUGGAGGUCUGCAGGCUCCCCCGUCUCUCCCUGAACGGCGUCCGCUUCCAAAGGAUAUCCGGGUCGUCCAUCGCUUUCAAGAACAUUGCUUCCAAAAUAGCCAACGACUUAAAUCUAUGAACAAAAGGACUUAAAAGAUAAGUAAAAAAAAAA